AUGUCUGAGCAUAAAGAGGAGCCGCGGCAGAGGCAGCAGUCAGCAGGGUCCGAGGGAGAAACAUCAGCUCAAACCGGGACCAGAGACAGGUCUGUGCGCUCUGGACCAGACACAAUGGGGGCCGUGAUGGGUCCAGUUCUUCACUGGAUGCAAGAUGUGGCAGCUGUCACUCUCCUCAAGGCCCGGCGGACCUUGUUUCAGGCUGCCAUCCUGUUCUGUGUUCUGCUUCUGCUACUCUGGGUGUCUAUAUUCCUCUAUGGGAGCUUCUAUUACUCCUACAUGCCCACGGUGAGCUUCUCCACCCCUGUGCACUUCUACUACACCUCUGAUUGUGAUGCCUCAGAGUCAGGACUGUGUUCGUUUCCGAAGGCCAACAUCUCUUUUAUGAAAAAUGAGAAGGACCAGGUGAUGGCUAAUGGUCAGCCUUAUCGCAUAUCUUUGGAGCUAGUGAUGCCAGAGUCUCCAGUGAAUGAACAUCUGGGUAUGUUCAUGGUCAAGAUGUCUUCGUACACCAAGGGUGGGAAGCCUGUUGCAUCUGUUGGAAGAUCCACUAUGCUACAUUACCGCUCCAGCCUCCUGCAGACCAUGGCCACUUUGCUCUUCUCGCCUUUUCUUCUGACGGGAAUGACCGAGCAGAAGCAGCUGAUAGAAGUUGAGCUCUUCUCAGACUACAAGACGAAUGCUUAUCUGCCCACAGUGGGAGCAGUCAUUGAGGUUCAGUCGAAACGUGUGCAGAUCUACUCAGCCCAGCUCCGCAUCCAUGCUUACUUCACGGGUAUAAGAUAUGUUCUGUACAACUUCCCCCUCACAUCCGCAGUGGUUGGCGUGGCCACCAAUUUCGCCUUCCUCAGUGUCAUUGUGCUGUUCAGCUACCUUCAGUUCAUCUGGGGCGGGCUCUGGCCUCCAGAUCAAGUCAGAGUCCGGGUCAUGAUGGGAGACAGCACCCGCAUCAGGCAGAGGAGAGAGGAGGCCAAGAAGCGCAUGGAGAAGGAGAACUCACAGAAAGAACUCAAUGCUCCUCAAUCAAUUGGAUCUGUGACUGCGGUUUCAGAAUCUGAAUCUGAGAGGAAUGGCUCAGCGGCGGAGUUGUCGUCAAAGGAGCCCUCAGUGGUCCCAGAUAUCUCUGAGGGGGGUGAUCCAGAUUCCAAGGAAGAAGAGCCUCAUGACUCUGAGAUGCCUGAGGAGCAGGACAACCAAGAUGGGGGUGAGACAGCACUUCGACAAAGACCUGGACGCUGGAUGAGCCUGUGA